AUGUCUGACUCCGACGAUUCCUUCAGAGGGCUCAUGAAAGCCCUCAAUCUUGACGAAUCACAAUUCAAGUCCUACGAUGAAGACUUCCUGAAAUUGUCGUUCUCUCAGCUCUCCACAAUCAAACAGGACAUCGAGUUGCAACUCUCCACCCUCUUCGAUUUAUUAAAGAAUAAGUAUCGAGUGGAGAUGGACACGCCCUUGGUCAGCCCAGACGGGUUUCCUCGUGCAGAUGUGGACGUGGUAAGCAUACGGCUUGUUAGGAUCAAGAUCAUCCGGUUGAGAAAUGAUCAUAAGAGGCUCUUGGAACAGUUGGAAACGAAGAUGUUCGAAGAGUUUGCCAAGGCGAAGCAGGCGGCUCCUGCCGAAGAAGUGAACAGCAAAGCUGAAAACCACCCAGCUGUUUCACCAGUGGAUUCAGCACCGCCCACCAGAAUCCCAUUUGCUGUGGUUAGCGAGGUGGUGCCCCAGGGACCAGCACACUCCGCAGGCUUGCAGUCACAAGACAAGAUCGUGUUGUUUGACGGGGAGAUUCAUGCUGGAAAUCACGAAAAGUUGUCUGCCUUGGCAAACAGGGUCAGAAACAAGGUGGAUCGCGAGAUCACGGUGGAGGUUUUGCGAGGUACAGACACAGAGACCUUGGUAUUGGUGCCUACCAACAACUGGGAAGGACAGGGCUUGUUGGGCUGUCGGUUAGUGCCAUUAUAG